AUGGUGAUUAAUAGGAUGACCGACAAAAAACAGUAUUUAGUUGAUUAUUCGUUUGAAUAUUCUGUUGAUGAUGACAAACAGUUAACUGGUUUGUUCUGGGCUGAUGGGUUAUGCAAGCUUAACUUUAUUGAGUUUGGGGAUGUGAUAUCGUUCGAUGCAACUUUCAAGACAAACAGGUACAAGAUGGUGUUUGUGUCGUUCACCGGGAUUGACAAUCACUGUCGAAAUGUAACCCUUGGAGCUGGGUUGUUAGCAUCAGAGAGCAUAGAAUCCUAUAAAUGGCUUCUGAAUUCAUUCGUAAAUUCAUUUGGUCGGCAGCCAAAGGUUGUAGUGACGGACCAAGACCCUGCUAUGAAACAGGCUAUUGAGGAGGUUUUUUCUACCAGCAGACACCGAUUGUGCAUGUGGCACAUAACGAAAAAAGUGGCAGAUAAGGUUGGACACGAGUUGUGCAAUAAUGAUGAGUUUAAAAUGAGGAUGUGCGAUAUUGUAUGGACUGAUUCCAUUGAGCCUGAAGAAUUCGAGAGACAGUGGAAGUUGGUGAUGAUUGAGUUCGGUCUCACUGAAAACAAAUGGACUGAUGAUAUGUUUUCGAUGAGAUACAUGUGGAUUUCGGUUUUUUACCGGCAUGAUCCCAUGUCUGGUCUCAUGCGAACAACUUCGAGAUCAGAGAGCGAGAAUCAUUUUUUUUGCCAGGUGUCAAAUUCACAACUCACUCUUGUAGAGUUUAUGAAUCAUUUUGAUGGUGCAAUGGAUGUCCAAAGGUCUAUAUUCUUUGAUCAGCAAAUAGAGAUAUAUGGAACAAUUACCGAAUAUCUGCCGAUGGACACCAAACUCGAGGGUCCACAGAUCAGGAUAUCGUUGAAAGACUUUAAAGCUCACGGAGAUGGUCUAUUAGAGAUGUUUGGUGUUAAAGAAAUACCAGACAAAUAUGUUAUGAAGAGAUGGACAAAGGAUAUGGUGCCGAAUGAAUUAAAUGGGAAGUUCGAUAUAAAGGUGGGUGACAAGGAUGUGCAACACAAGGCUAAACAGAUUGCUCGUGAAAUCAUCCACACAGAGGAGUAUUUGAUACUGAAAGCCAAACAAAAAGGCAAACAACAAAAGAAGAUGAAGGGUGUCCAGAUUGAAAAAGAUCCCAGAGACAAAGACAACGAGGUCGAAGACGAUGAAGAGGAAGAUGAGUUUGAAGAUUACAAGGGUAGUAGUGAUGAUGGCUCUCAAGAAGAAGAUCAGUAG